AUGGUUGACAAGAUCAACUUGAUGCAGAACUCAUGGACGGCCUCCAAAGAUCAGCCGCCUUUCAAAGGUACGUCAAUCAAAGAUGUCCCUACUGGGUCUCUUGACGAUCUGAAGCCCUCUUCGACUUUUGAUGACGAAACUCGCCUCCUCGGAUCCACAGAACCGGUGUUGACGAAUUUACCAAGUGACUUUGAUGCUCGUCAGAAGUUUGCCUCUUGUGCUGGAGUCAUUGGGCAUGUGAGGGACCAAAGUGCCUGUCAUAACUGCUGGGUUAGUGGCUCAACCGGAACGUUUAAUGAUCGUCUGUGCAUCAAAUCCGGCGGUAGCUUCAGAAAUAUCCUAUCACUCGGUUACAUCACUUCAUGCUGCAAUCGUGCUAAUGGAUGUCCUAAGUGA